AUGGGCAGCAGGAGUCCACCCAAGCAGUGGUGUAGAGGUGACGGGACGCCUGGAUUCCUCAGUUUCCUUCUUUUUCCAUUCCUGGGCUGGAGGAAAUACCUGAAUAUGUGGAAUCCCAAUGCCGGGCAGCCAGGGCCAUAUCCACACCCUCCUAACGUCAGGUACCCUGGAGGUUGCAAUCCUACCCAUCCACCACCUGCCACCCCUACCUUUCCUCCAGGCCCCUUUCCCACUCCCCCAGGAGCACCCCAGGGGAAUCCAGCCUUUCCCCCUGGUGGGCCCUGUCAUCCUGUGCCACAACCAGGGUAUCCAGGAUGCCAACCCUCAGGUCCCUACCCCCUUCCAUACCCACCACCUGCCCCUGGCAUAUGUCCUGUGAAUACAUUGGCUCCUGGCAUGGUAGGACCAGGAAUGGUGAUUGACAAGAUGCAAAAGAAAAUGAAAAAAGCUCAUAAAAAGAAGCAGAAACACCACAAACAUGGCAAGCAUUCCUCCUCCUCCUCCUGCUCUUCCAGCAGUGACUCUGACUGAAUACAGGGCCUGGACCCUUCCCUCAAGUCUCUCCAGUUCUGCUCUCCCAUCAAGCUUCAGAUGCCAUCUUGUACUGGGGGAAAUUAGCCCUUGUGUCCCUCCCCCCGCCACCCCUGCAAUCUAAGCCUCACUCUGCUGUUCAACCCUAACUGGCUAGGGAAAAUGGGAAAAGAAUUGCCAUGGGCUAGCAAAGGCCGUCUUCCCACUGCUUGGAUAGAACUUUU